CUGGGGGACUCCGCAGUCUUCAGCCAUCACUAGUCUCGGUCGUGCACACUGCAGAAAUGAUCACGACUGGAUCUGGAGGAUAAAAACUAAGAUGAAUAUUGACGGUUGAUCUGGGAGCACAUUGCACACCGUGGAGGUUUACAGCAACGCACAGAUCGGACUCGGUUUUGUGGAGCGUGAAUGGGGGAAUACGGAAUCACGGCGGCUGAAUCGGAUAUAGCUAGCGUCCGACCAGACAUCAAACAGCUCACAUGUAUCAGUGAUUAGCUCACAUCGGAUAAGAUUAAUUGAGUUUAUUAGUGAACGAUCAUCGUGACCGUUUGGGAGAUCGGUUUGUUUUUGAGCAGUGCUUCGAUUCGAUAUUUUGAGGUCACGAUAUUUUGAGGUAGGCUUGCUAGUUGGAUCAAAACAAAAAGGGAGCAGAGAUCUAGUUAGCAUAGCACAACUGGAGUCCAGAAGCUAGAGAGGAAGUAAGUCCGAUUAAUUAAAUGCCAACACUGGACUUGAGUCAAUUCCAGACUGUUAGAAGGAGUGGGUGGUGAAUUAAAUACAUAAAAGGAAGUAUCGCUCAUUGUUGUGUAAACCGGACACCAGCAGGAUCUGAGUUUAACUACCAAUGACCCUACAGACCACCUGGCGUUUACCAACUGUUUGCACUCAUUGUUUCAACUCAGUCUCUCAACUCUCUCAUUUAUCCGCCUGAUUUUCACCAGUUUUCCUUUAUACUAAGCGAAUAUGGCCGUCGUGGUGAAUUAUUCCCCUCCUUGGUGGGUGAACCUGCUGCACCGUCUUCCCCAUUUCAAUCUGCAAUUCGAGCAAAUUAGCAGUGAUUUCCGACCUGAUGACUCCUCGUACCAGCAGUCCAUUUUGCUGCUGGGAGCUGUGGCUCUGGCCUGCCUGGCCCUCGACCUGAUUUUCCUUCUGUUCUACUCCUUCUGGCUCUGCUGUCGUCGAAAGAAGAGCAGUGAGCAGCCUAACGCUGACUGCUGCUGUACAGCUUGGUGCGUCAUCAUCGCCACCCUCGUGUGCAGUGCUGGCAUUGCUGUUGGUUUCUAUGGGAAUGGAGAGACUUGUGAUGGAGUGAAUCGAAUGACUUACUCGCUGCGGCACGCCAACCGCACUGUGGCUGGAGUACAGAAACUGGUAUCAAACAGCACGUCAUCUCUGAACCUCACAGUAGAGCAGAACCUGCAGAGUUUGGAGAGUCAGUACAAGAAGAACACUGACUACCUGUCCAUCGUGCAGAAGCUGCAGGCCCAGCUGGAUGAGCUGCUCAAGCAGAUGGUGGAAAUCCCUUUCUGGAACAAUCCCAACAUCUCCCUGGAGGCGCUAGCUGUCAACAUCGAACUCUAUGACUGGUACAGGUGGCUGGGCUACCUGGGUCUACUCUUGUUUGAUGUACUCAUCUGCCUGCUGGUGCUCUUCGGUCUCAUUCGUAACUCUAAAGGAACUCUAAUCGGGGUCUGUUUAUUUGGCGUGUUGGCACUGGUAAUCAGCUGGGGAUCUCUGGGUUUGGAGCUGGCUGUCUCCUCGAGUUCCAGUGACUUCUGCGUGGCGCCGGAUUUGUAUGUGGCUAAAGUUGCCGAGCAGUAUGGAGUCAUCAACAAAGACACCCUGCAGUAUUAUCUCCAGUGCAGCAUUGGCCAGGUGAACCCCUUCCAGCAGAAGCUGUCUGGAAGCCACAAGGCUUUGGUGGAGAUGCAGGACGAUGUGCUGGAACUUCUGCGUAACGCAGUUAAAGACUUUCCCCAAACCAAGAGCAAUCUGGAGCAGAUUCAAGGGGUUUUAAACAGCACUGAAAUUGGCUUGCAUCAGCUGACUGCCCUGGUGGACUGCCGCAGUCUGCACAUGGAUUAUGUGCAAGCAAUGACUGGGUUGUGCUAUGAUGGACUGGAGGGAUUGAUCUACCUGGUGCUGUUCUCAUUCGUCACAGCGCUUAUGUUCAGCUCCAUCGUCUGCAGUGUGCCUCACACGUGGCAGGGAAAAAGACCUGAUGAAGACAACGAGGAGGACUCGGCUGCUACUGGAGGACGACAGAACCAUGAUAACCUGUACCGGGUGCAUAUGCCCAGUCUGUACAGCUGUGGCAGCAGCUAUGGCAGCGAGACCAGCAUUCCUGCAGCAGCACAUACAGUCAGCAAUGCUCCUGUUACAGAGUACAUGACGCAGAAUGCAAACUUUCAGAAUCCCCGCUGUGAGAACACUCCUCUAAUCGGAAGAGAGUCACCUCCCCCAUCUUACACAUCCAGCAUGAGGGCCAAGUACCUGGCCAAUGCCCGACCCGAGCCCAACAGCAGCACUGCAGCACAAUAAAGAAGCUCUUUCAAGAUCCCAGCUCAUUCUCUCCCACACACACACACAUACACACACACAUUGUCACUUACUCGCCCAUGUGCCACUGUUCCCACGGCCCAAACAGACUCCAGUCUCCAGACCCAAACAUUCAACCACAGACGAGAAGGUUGGAUGGCUCUUUGAUGUGUUCUCGCCAAGUCUAAUUAACAAAAGAACAUCGCGGAAACCCACUCGCCAGGCUAGAAGCCCCCUGUUUACACAUGCCUGGCCACAGUCCCAACUGGUGGCUUACUUCUAUUCUGUGUGUGUGUGUGUGUUGUGUGUCUGUGUGUGUUUUGUACACUUCUCUGUGUUUGUUAGUCUGUGCUGCUGUUGCUUUGUUGUGGUGCUUUCACCAGAAGAGCCUGGAGCCCCAGAAGUACAAACCGGGCGGGGCAAUCAGCCUCAAAUCAGAUUCCUGCAUGACUUCUAUAAUGUGACUCUGUAUAUAGGGUUUACUGACAGGUUUUGAUCAUCACAUCAAAGUAAAAUCUACUCUGAUUAGCUGGAUUGGUAACAUGUAAUAUGAUUUCAGCAGCAGGUAUCCUGAUGCCUUUAGGCUUCUGAAAGAGUGUGGCAUUUGCAAUAGGGUAAAUGAUUAGUCUGUUUCAGAUUCACUGAUUUAGUGGUGCUAGCUUUCUUAAAAUCUGAAGAAUACUGCCAUUAUGUCUGUGGAAAUGAAGGAAGUAGCAAUAGCCAGGCUUAACCAGUUUGGGUUUCACUAUAGUUUAUAGUUUAUAGAUGUCCAUUCUUCACUCUCGUAGCCUGCAUUUAUACCGGCGGCGAUAUUUUGCCUCAGACAAAACUUUGUUGGUUAGUGGGUGUUCCCUACUCGAGUGUACAAAUGGUCAGUUAGCUUUACAACCAUUGCUAAACAGUUAAAAUAUUGGAAACAUUAAAUAGUUCCUUUUGGCUGCUGCAGUAUUUAGUGGUUGCCACUGCGGAUUCCAGCCCUUCCUGACAUGACUCUCCUAUAUAUCCGGGCUUGGGACCGACACUAAAGGUGCGCUCAUAUGUGUCCCCCCAAUGGCUAGGUUCACAUAACACCAUGUGCCUUCUGUAUUUUUGAGCCCACAGCCAGGGAUUCAAACCCCCUGAACUCAGGCACUGCUGUUACCAGCAGCUGGCUCUUACCAUAAUGCUACACAAGGUCACUAUCAAGCAAUUACAUCUUAAUUAAAUAUUUGUGUCAAUGUUUACACAGGCUGAAUUUCAAACCAUAUUUACUACAUUGUAACAUUGAUGAUCACAGUUUAGACCUAUACACCCUGGGAUAUGGUUGGCUGUUUUUUAAUUAUUCAUAAGCUGAGUGGACAUAAGUAAGAUUUUUUUACAAUGUCACAGGACAAUUAUUGAUCUUUUGGUCUAUUGGUCGUCUUUUGAAUUUAAAACUGUUUUUUUGACACAACCACAGUCAUUUUUGGGAUAUCUGUCUCCUUCACCAGCUGGCAAAUUGGUUUUGCUCGCUCAUUUAAAAUGAAUGAUGUCCAGCACCUUUGUCACAUUGUGUGGUAGUUUUUGAUGUAAGUUGACUGCUGGCCACUUAGCUUCACUCUUUUAUUGUGUAGUCAAGUAGUACCACUGUUUUUCACUUUUUAGUUUUUGCUUUGUUUUGCACUGGAAGAGAUUAUUAAUGUCAUUUUCUCACCUAUACAAUUGGCUGGUGGUUCUUGCAUACCAGUUAGACAUAUAUAACAUUCACAUCAUAGUGGCACCCAUUGGCAGAGCACAUACAUUUUUUAAUUGUGUCAUAAUGGUAAAUCCAAUAAAUGUGCCAAAGAUUAAAAUUGAGUGUAAUUUUUCUACUAAUAUUUAGACACAUCCCACCUCCUGUACUAUGACUGACUAUUAUUCAUAUAUAGUUAUUCUGCAGCAUUAUUAGCCAACAACCAUGUGGUUUGCAUAAUAAAAACUGCAUACUUCACAGUAUUCAGAUUUUAUUUUGUAGCCUAUUCAGACACCUCAUGUGUUUAAGAUCGGCAAGUUGUUUAUUUGUUUGUUUUAUGAGCUGCAUGGAUAUUUAGCUAAUUGGUUACGUCACCAUAGUGGCUGUAGGCAAAACCUCUAUCCAGACAAAACACUUUUGGCUGGAUGUACUUUUCUCUCACCAUUGGCCAGUCAAUUCAUUUCCCCAGCUUCAGACAGUCCUCAUUUUAAAAUCUGGCCUCAUAAUGUUGCUGCCGGUGUGAAUGCAGGGUUAGGUUAGGUAGUGUUGAAUAAAAAGAUACACGGUUUUGGGAAGCCAAGUGUGAGCUUGACCUAUGUUUAUACAGAUCAUCUAUAACCACUUAAAGGUCCCUGCUGUGGUUAAAAUGAAACCAAGACUCUUGUACCAAUUCUGGACUAUUUACAAUACAUAAAUAUGUCAGCUUUGCAGACAAGAACAUGUAAAGCUAAGGAACAUGCCAGAAAACUGCCAUCUAAAGGAUGUGUGGACACUGAUUUAGCUUAAUUCUUGGCAUAUCACAGUCAAUGGGUCUAAGAUAUGCCUAUGCCUGCUUCUCAUCUUAGGUAGAAAUGACAUUUAUCAUAAUGCUCUGUCUGUGGAGUCUCUGGAAACCACUUAUUUCUUUGGUCUUACAUGUUUCUGCUAUCGAAAAUGCCAUAUUACUGGGUAUCUAUUACGUCUUGCAUGCUUGCAGCUGAUUUCCCUCCACAUGGGGGUUGUCAUUAAAUUGUGUACUUGAGAACUAUGUACUGUACCUGAACUAUGUACUGGAUGUACUGCUGUGCACAAACAUUGCUGGUCAGAUAAAAUUUUUUCUUCACCUAUGAAGCAGUAAGAACUCUGAAGAACUUAAAAAAAAAAAAGGGAAGACUGACUUAACUCAGUACAACUCACCAAGGCCUAAAAGAUGUAGAGUGACUUCUUCUAGCAUGAUCAAGCACUGGCAUUUUUGCUCGUAUUUGCGCGCCCUUCCAACCAUCAGGACCAAAACUGACCUGGAAAUGCUUUAUCAAGCCAGAACCACAGAACUCUGUCAUGAGCACCUCUUGUUUAAGGAAAAUAAAUAAUAUGGAAACCUUUACACAUGCAUAUACUCACAAACAGAUGCUGCCUGAUCCACCAUUGCCCGUCUGCUCUCUGGAUCGCUCUCGAUCAUGUAGGCUAAAUCUCUGAUGGUGAAAGAUCAUGCGCAAUGGUGCGGACCAAACAAAACCACUUCAAGAGACCAAGUUCAACUUCAAAAAUGUCAAUUUCGCUGAACUGUUUCAUGUACAUUUGCUUUCUGGAAACAGGCAUGCAUGGACAAGCUUGGGACUUAAGGACAGUGUUGAAGCUCCUGUGUGUGUUUUUUAAGGACUAAAAGGAACAAUCAAAAAGGGAUUACUUAACGGAAUGAACUUGGGUUUACUUGUCAUUUAGCUCAUAGCUGAACAUCUUUAGCUUUCUGGACUGUGCCUGCUCAGUUCGUUCACUUCUCUAAGGCAUGGAGACCUUUCAGUGUGGAGUGUGAAGUGUACUCGUGUGCUACUGAUGCUUACAUGACGGUUUUUAAAUGAUUAAAUGGUGAAAUAUUGCAAUCAAUAAGGAGGCGAGGUUCCUCGACCGUGCCAACAACCGUACCACGACUUUUAACCUUGCUCGUACCUUUUAAAUGUUUUCACAUCUUUUAAAUGGGCCUUUUUGUACAUUCACAGCUCGGCAAAGUCCGAGUGACCAAACGACCCACCUGUGAACAUGAGCCUGACAUUUUAAGAUGUCCUUUUUUUUUCUAUGUGACCAUUUAUUUGUUGACCAUGUGAUGCCGUAUGUUUUAAUUUUUUUACAUCAGCAUUCUUUAAUAUCAUAAUGCUAGAUCAGUGUAUAUAAAGUAUAUAUGAUUACAAUACAAUAUGAAGAAAAUAGCUUCCAUUGAAAUUUGCAAUACCAUAGUGCAGACUUUCACAUUCAGUUUCUACUUUGAUCUUUUGUUCCCCCAAAUGUAUUCAUUGUGGCAUAUUUUAAGAUUAUUAGUUAGCACAAAAUAAUCUUUUGUCUCAUGUAAAUAACUUAGUUUGGUAUUUCAGCAUAUUGUUUCAUUCAUAAAAUGUCACUAGGAUUUCUUUUACAUUUUUUUUCUUUCAUUAUUAUUAUUUUGCAUUUACUAAAAUACUGUAAAUGUUAAACCUGUGCUUUUAUUGAGCUUGAACUCAGUGUUUUCAGAUUAAAGUAACACGAACUGA